AUGCACCACGACGUGUGCUCGCUGGCGCACAGCCGGAAGGCCAACCUCAUCCUGCUCCCCUUCCACAAGUCCUCCGACGGCGCGCGCAGCACGGCGAACAACGCCAUCCGCUCCAUCAACCGGAGCGUGCUGCAGUACGCGCCCUGCUCCGUCGCCAUCCUCGUGGACCACGGCCUCGCGUCCGGGUCGGCGUGCGCCACCGCCGCCAACAGCCUGCUCCAGCGGGCGGCGCUCUACUUCCUGGGCGGCGCCGACGACCGCGAGGCGCUGGCGUACGCGGCGCGGAUGCCCGAGGCCGGGACCAUGUCGCUGACGGUGGUGCGGUUCAAGCUCCGGAACUGGGUCGGGAUGGGCGGGAAAGACGAGGCGCGGGACGAGGAGCUGCUGCAGGAGUUCUGGGCCAGGCACAGGGACAACGAGCGGGUGGUGUACGUGGAGAAGACGGUGGAGGACGCGGAGGGCACCGCGUCGGUGGUGCGCGCCAUGAGCGAGAAGUUCGACCUGCUCAUCGUGGGGCGCCGCGGCGGGGAGAGCGAAGGCGACCCGGAGGGGUCGACGGCGCUCACCAGCGGGCUGUCGGAGUGGAGCGAGUUCCCGGAGCUGGGUGUGCUGGGGGACAUGCUCGCCUCCGCGGAAUUCGCGUCCAAGGUCUCCAUCCUCGUCAUCCAGCAGCAGCCGCCCAAGAAAAUGGCCGCCGUCGGAAGCUCCGUCAAUGAUUAA